CUUUUCUUCUUUUACCCAUACUUUCUCUUUUUUUUUUUUUUUGUGUGUGUAAUCGCUAUUCAUGAUGAUCAAAUCUUGGUUACAACGUCCAGAGACUAAAAAAUAUGCAGCAGAUGUGGCUGUAUUUGCUCUCUCUCAAGUCGCUUUUUAUUUCGCCUUCAAAUUCAUUGUAGGUUCAUUGGAUCCAACCAAGGCUAAGCGUCAAGAAGCAAAAGCCAAAAGUAAUAAAGUGCUUGGUAAACUAGGUGCCAAGGAUUUAAAGUUGACCGAAUAUGAACAAAUUAUUGCAGCUGAAGUGAUUCACGCUGACGAAAUUAGCGUCAACUUCAAACAAAUCGGUGGUCUUGAUCACAUCAUUCAAGAUCUUCGUGAGAGUGUGAUUUACCCUCUUUGUUACCCCGAGUUAUUCACGUCUGCCUCCGGCUUACUUGGAGCUCCUCGCGGUGUUUUAUUAUACGGUCCUCCUGGUUGCGGUAAGACCAUGAUGGCCAAAGCGCUUGCCAAGGAAAGUGGUGCUACCUUCAUCAACAUCCAUGUUUCCACCUUGACCGAUAAAUAUUAUGGUGAAUCCAACAAGCUAGUUUCCGCCGUCUUUACUUUAGCCCGAAAGUUACAACCCUCGAUUGUCUUUAUUGAUGAGAUUGAUUCGUUCUUGCGUGAACGUAGAAGUACAGAUCACGAAACAACAGGUAUGAUGAAGGCUGAAUUUAUGAGUCUCUGGGAUGGUUUGACUACAGGAGAGGAUAGCCGUAUCGUCAUUUUGGGUGCUACUAACAGACCCAACGAUAUCGAUUCUGCCAUUUUGAGAAGAAUGCCCAAACGUUUUGCUGUUCGAUUACCCAGUGAGUCUCAAAGAAAGAGCAUUUUGGAACUGUUGUUAAAGAACAUUCAAUUGGCCCCUGAUUUCAAGAUGGAUGAAUUGGUUCAAAGAACUGCAGGUUUGUCUGGCAGUGAUUUAAAGGAAUUGUGUCGUAACGCUGCUAUGAUCCCUAUCCGUGAAUAUGUUCGUUCAAUUCAACCCGUUUACUCUAGCGAGGAUGCUAGCCAGGAUCUCAUCGAUAUUGAUACCACCAAAAUCAAUACGAGACCUUUGGUUGUAGCAGAUUUUUAUGCUUUUGAAGAAACCAACGAAAAAUCUUAUAGUUAUAUCAGUGACGAAACCCCUCAACAAGAAAAUCUUGACUAAUAAUUCCCCCUCUUUUUAUAUAUUUAAACUUUAUUUUAGAAACAAAUAAAAAAAAAACCCCCCAGUUAUCCCAUUUGUGUAUAAUACUUUUCCCCCACCUC